AUGGAACAGGUUGAUUUUGAACCCGACGGGUCAGCCAUUGUCGACUGCGACGUCCUCGAAGCCGCCAAGGAGAAUAUCCAGCCUCUGGCCAAAGGCCGACGAGUCACCACUCUUGCAGGCAUCCUUGCAACCCCACAUGUUCAACGAGAAAGCCGUCUCUCUGCAACAAAGAACCGGCUCCGCAUGAACGUACAGCUAGCUCUCGAGAACUCUACGAAUGGGGACGAAGACGAAGAUGAGGACGAGAUGGAAAGUGCAGAUCCGCUGGAGGCAUAUUGCCAGUACGUCUACUGGGUUGUGGAGAACUACCCACAAGGUCACAGUGCGGAGAGCGGACUACUUGAACUCCUCGAGGAGGCAACUCGAGUCCUGAAAGAUCACCAGGGCGGAAAGUGGCGCGGAGACCUGCGCUACCUGAAACUUUGGGUGCUUUAUGCGAGCUACGUCGAGAAGCCUGCAGUCAUCUUCAAAUUUUGCAUGGUGAAUGAGAUCGGCACCGCACACUCUCUGCUCUACGAAGAGUUCGCGAUAGCUUUAGAGAGGGCCGGCAGCAUGCGCAGGAAAGCCCAUGCAGAUGAGACCUAUCAGGUCGGCAUUGCGAGGAAGGCUCAGCCCCGUGAACGUUUAGAAUCGAAAUACAAGGAGUUUCAAAAGCGCAUGAUG